UGUACCACUGCAGCAUCAGUGCAAAAAAGAAACGAGAAAACGCUCGACUCAGUGGACAGGGCGGGAAAAAAAACACAUACAGAGAAGAUACAGCUGUGUGAGGAGGGAACAGAAAAGGGAUAAGAGGCAGAGGAGGCUGAGGAAGAGAGGCGACACCUGCAGAGUCAGAGUGAUCAGCUGGAGAAGGGAUUGUGGGCCUGACAGAGGGAGCACAGCCUCAUUGAAAGCCUCACUUUGGACUGUGAAAGCAACACACACUCGCCAACUUAAAACACACUCGUGUUUAGACACCUCCGCUCUCCAGAGGGUCUGGCUGGUCCCCGGAGUGUGUGUCUGGCGGUGUGCAUAAACUGAGAGGGUGUGUGUGUGUGUGUUUGUGUGUUGAUGAGUGUGUGGGUGUCUUGCGUCACUUUUGAUGGGACAUUGAGAGAUGUGUGUGUCACAGCGUCGGUGGACGGGCUAUAGGGGGCUGUGCUCCCCCACCCUCCUCCUCCUCCUGCUCCUCCCCAUGUCCUUCAUCUUCACCACGCCUCCAUUCGCUCAGGGAUCGCUCCACAUCCCCAAAGACUAUAAAGUGCAUAACAUAUCGCAGCCUCCGGUGCUGACAGAGACGCCGGAAUCAUACACAGCCUUUUCUCCAGAGGACAUCUAUCUGCCCUGUGAGGCCACCGGUAACCCAGCACCAACUUUCCGCUGGGUGAAGGAUGGAGAGGCAUUUGGGACGGAGACGCAGGGCUCUGGGACGCUGCAAGCUGAUCAGAAUGAGACCCUCAGCUAUUACCAAGGCUUCUACCGCUGCUACGCCUCCAACACCCUAGGGACCGCCAUGACACGAGUCAUACAGGUCAUCGUGGAGUCCCAACCAGUUCUUCUGAAACAACAAAAAGUACAUAAAAGAGCGUACGAAGGGGAAAGCAUCAUCCUGUCCUGUAACCCUCCAGAAAGCUCCACCCCUCCUCUCAUCCACUGGAUGGACAAGAAGAUGGUUCACAUCAGGCAGAGUGAAAGAGUGAUCGUCGGCCUGGAUGGCAACUUGUACUUUGCUAAUCUUCUGAAGACUGAUAGUAGAGAUGACUACAUCUGCAACGCCCAGUAUGCAGCUGCCAGGACUGUCCUUCCUGAGUCUGCUGUCACACUCACUGUCAUGCCCAGUAACGAUGUGCUACAUGGUAAAAAACCCCACCUCUUCCAUCCCACUGGCUUGCAUUCCUCUGUGAUGGCCCUGAAGGGGGACAGUGUGACCCUUGAAUGUAUCCCCAAAGGCCUGCCGACUCCAAAAGUGGAAUGGAAGAAGAAGGAUGGUAAACUUGACGAAACCAGUGGGCAAGUGGAUAACCAUGGGCGCUGGUUGUACUUCGAUAGCAUCACCCAGAAUGACGACGGAGAAUAUGAGUGUCGAGCCUUCAACAGCCACGGGUCCACCUCACACUCCUUCAGUGUGUCUGUGGAAGCGUCGCCCUAUUGGGUGAAGGAGCCCCAGAACCUGCUGUAUUCUCCGGGAGAAACGGUGCGACUCGACUGCCAGGCUGAAGGCAUCCCCACCCCGACUGUCACCUGGAGCAUGAAUGGUCAGCCCAUCACAGAAGUGGAUGACGAGCCUCGUCGGAGUGUGUCAGGUGGUGUGUUGAGACUGAUGGACGUGGAAUUUGGUGACACUGCUGUGUAUCAGUGUGAGGCCACCAACAAACACGGCUCCAUCCUUACAAACACAUACCUCCAUGUUGUUGAGCUCCCUCCACAGAUCCUGUCAUCUGAUGGAGUCGUAUACAAGGUCACUGAGGGUGGAGACAUCAAGAUGCACUGUGAAUCCUUUGGAUCGCCAAAACCACACGUCACAUGGGAAGACCAGAACAUGGUUCCACUACUGUCACACCCUCGCGUCGACCUGCUGACCAAUGGAGCGAUAGAAAUGUUAAACGUCAGUCAUGAUGACAGUGGAGUGUAUACCUGCUCCAUCAAAGACGCCAAUAUCUCCAUCAAUGCCUAUUUAGAGGUCUUUGAUCGAACAGUGAUAUUGACGAGCCCCCAGAACGUUCGCGCCCUCAGAGGAUCCACUGUUCUGCUGGACUGUCGCUUCUCCAAAGACUCUAAGCUGCACGAAUACCAGAUAGUCUGGAGGAAAGACGGAAGCAAAAUACAGGAGUCCUCACCAGAUGACGAGUAUACCAUCUUUGAGAAUGGAACUUUGAAGGUAACAAAUCUUCAUUCAGAACACACGGGUAAUUAUUCCUGUGAGGUCAUCACUUCCUUGGACCAUGUCAAGUCAAGUGGCUCCAUCACUGUAGUUGCCCCACCAGAUCCUCCCAGGGACUUGUCUGUGUCUGAAAUUGACCCUCAAGGUGGAACCCUUACACUCAGCUGGACACCCGGACACUCACACAACAGCCCCAUCAUAGAGUUCAUCAUUCAGGCCCGUGAGGAGCAGCACACAGAGGAAGGACAGUGGAGAUGGGAAGAGUGGAAGAAAACCCCUGGGGAUUUCAGUGAAGUGGAGCUGAAACUCCAACCCUUCUGCACCUACCGCUUCCGCAUCAUCGCUGUGAAUGAACUGGGCCACAGUGAGCCCAGCAAACCGUCGGAACACUUCAGCACGCCACCUGCUGUGCCUUACAGUAACCCCUCUGGUGUACGCAGUGAUUCCAAAGACCCAGGGACUCUUAUCAUAUCAUGGGAUGAGAUGGACAAGCGCUUCCACCACGGCCAGGGUUUCCAGUACAAGGUGUUUUGGCGGGAAGCUGAUGGGAAGGGUGUCCACUGGAACCACGGCUACACUACUGGUCCGCCCUUCUUGAUCAACAACACAGGAACCUACACGCCGUUUGAGAUCAAGGUCCAGGCUGUGAACUCACUUGGAGAAGGACCUGCACCCGUCGCUGAGAUCGGACACUCUGGAGAGGACUUGCCUAUGGAAGCCCCCAGUGGAGUUUCAGUGACUGUAAUGAACAGCACAGUCAGAGUGAAGUGGAAUGAGGCCCAGAAGGUCCGAGGUCUGCUGCUGGGAUACAAGAUCUACAUCAAGAGGCUGGAGCGUAAGAUGGAGCGGCGCCGGAGGUCCCUCGGACAAAUGUUUUAUGAGGAAGAGAGAUUGGAAAGACCUGAGCAAGAGGAGAGGAUAGUGGUGGUCCAUGGCAUGAAGACCUCGGAGGAAGUCCCAGGUCUGCGGCUCUUUUCACAGUACGAGCUCUCUGUCACAGUUUUUAACAGUAAAGGGGAGGGUCCACGCUCUAAGGUUCACCCCUUCAACACUCCAGAGGGCGCACCUGGACCUCCUGCAUCGCUGACCUUUGAAAGCCCAACGGAUAAAUCACUGAUUCUAUAUUGGACUCCUCCGAUUGAGAGAAAUGGCAUCCUGCUGGGAUACAUAGUCCAGUACCAAGAGGAGGUGGAUAACAUCGGUGGUGAGGUGCAGAUGCAGUUCAUCAGCGAUCCCAGUGUGACACACCUUGAACUGAAACCGUUGGACCCCAGCAGUUAUUACAUCUUCAACGUGAUGGCUCGUACAGCUGCUGGAGAUGGACCGCCCAUCACACGAAGGGGCGCCACAUUGUUGGACGGAGUCCCUCCAUCAAAUAUCACCAUGUUUUCUGGCGACACUUACGUCAACCUGAGUUGGGUUCCAGGUGAACGAGACAGAAAUUACGCCUUCCACAUCAGCUUCACCAGGUUAAAUGGUGGUGGCAUUCAGUGGCAGAACUCAGAGGUGGUGAACUCCACACAGGGUUUCUACACGUUAACGGGCCUCCAACCUGGAACAGACUACCACCUUGCGAUCUUCCAAGGCAACUCCACUCCGCAUUGGCAGGAAAAGCUUAGGACCAAUGGACCAGAGCUAUCGGAGAUGCCUGGUGGUUUUGCAACCCAGGGUUGGUUUAUCGGACUCAUUAGUGCCGUUGUCCUGCUUGUGUUGAUACUGCUCAUACUCUGCCUCAUCAAACGAAGCAAAGGUGGUAAAUAUGCAGUGAAGGACAAGGAAGACAAAGAAGUGGACUCUGAAGCUCGACCAAUGAAAGAUGAGACAUUUGGAGAGUACAGAUCUCUGGAAAGUGAUGCAGAUGAAAAGCGGUCGGACAGUCAGCCGUCCCUCUGCGGGGACAGUAAACUGGGCAGCGACGACUCUCUGGCUGAAUACGGGGACAGUGUGGACAUCCAGUUUAACGAGGACGGCUCUUUCAUUGGCCAGUACAGCGGCCGGGGGCCUGUUCCCCAUGGCAACGAGAGCUCUGGUCCCGCCUCACCCGUUAACGCAGUCCCACCUCCACCCAUCGCUCCAUCCAUGUCAACCAUCCUGAACCGACCCAGCUAGACCCACACAAACCUAGACACACACCCAAUAAAUACACCAACACACACACACACACUGUCACACACACUGACAACACACAAAGGAUCAGACCACUCCUGACUCCACUGCCUGUAAUGUCAUACAUGUUGUCCAACACAUACUAUUUCAAAACAUUCCACAGGUUUAUGCAGUGAAGAUGUUUACAGGAUGUCUCGCCUUCUCUACUCCAAGUUUACACACACACACACAAACAGAAAAAAAACACACACUCACAGACACGCAACAUUAAAAACCCGUCACUCUUCAAUGAAAAAGAGAGAAAGGCAGAGGGAGGUAGAGGACAGGAAAGGACGCUGACGGCUUAUGUGUUGAAGAGUGAAAUGAAGGGGAGAGAAGUCACACCGUUUCUUGUAUCCCCUGCAUUAUUUCAACCUGUAUAAACAUUUAGAUAUCAUUUAAUCUCACAUUUUAAGUCUUUUUUUCCAAUGUUACCUGAUAAAGUCUUAAUUUUCUGUUCAUUUUUCACACUUUUUUGACUGUCAUUGUCAAAAUUCACCACUAUAUGUCUUUGUUUGUGCACUAUUUAUUUGGGUUUGUAUGCAUGCGUCUGGGAAUGAUUUUGCUCUUUAUUGAUGCGUGUGCGUUUGUCAGCCAAAACCUAAGAUGCAUGCCCCCUUGAGGCAUUAAUUACAGUUAGUUCGGUUGGUACUGUAUUUAGCCUAUGAGUUUUUAAAGAGUGUAUGUGGGUGUGUGCUCGUGUGAUUGUUUAUGCUCUCCGUCGCUGCCCUGUAACUUGCACCGAUGGGAGAACUGUUGCCUUAAGAGAGUCCAGUGAAUCCUCCUCUCCUUCCUCUUUCUGUCCAUCUGUCUGCCAAUCAUCCAUUAUUCCCCGCACCCAUUUCCCUUCUCCAUCACCGUCCUGUUUACUCCAGCAGGGAAAAGCAGGACCCGAAUGGGAUUACAGACAGAAAGACACUCCUAUGCACACACAUUGAACACACUCUGAUGUAAGAGCAGAUGCAUACACGAAGCGGAGGUCUGUGGAAUCCACGGGGAGAGUCGGUCCUCUGUAGCAAAACCCAACUGGACCCUCUGAAGAAGAGAGGGAGGAUGGAGGAAGAGGAGAAAAAACAAGGAGGAGAAAUAGAGAAUCUGACGUAUCGUUUUCUGAAUGUAAAUAGAACCUUGAGAUUGUCAUUUUUUUUUAAUUUUCAUCGCUUCUUUUAUAAGAUGAUCAAAUUGUAACUUUUUUAUGAUUUGUUGCUCUGUUUGCUUUUGUACUGCAGCAUUCCUACGCUGAUCUGCUGUAGCCUUUGUAUCAUACAAACCCCACCCACCGUCACCAUCGUCUCCUCUUAGGUUCAUCUUUUCCGCUCGUGUUGCUUAGUAGUCCAGAGACAUUUAGAGAAGACUAGAGUAAUAGACAAAGACCACCUUUCCCGUCAUCGAGUUUCUUUAUAGCGCUUAGAGAUGCAGCAGAAAAUAUUGAUUAUUAAAAAGUUAUGUCAUAAAUGUUAAAAAUUACACCACCCGCCAAGGCAGUGCUUUCUAAUGGACAAUGAUGAAAUGGAUUUAUGUCUUCUGCAGGUCUAGAUGGGACCAGUAUUGGAAGUCCAUCUACUAUGAAUAAAAGGGUUUGUUGUGUUGCCUUGGACUGACAGAUGAUUUUCCAUGUUUUUGGAUGCGGUUCUGAAGUUUUGCUCUGACGCGGGUGGAGCAGAGAGGGAUCAGAGAGACAAGUCUGAUGAGUUCAGAGAAAAUCUGAAAAAGAGAGCGGGUUUCCCAAAAGGAUCGGACUGAACAGAAAUAUCACAGCAGUAGAAGAUGCCCUGAGUUUGUGCCAAGCAGUGCAUUUCAGAUUCGACACAUUUUCAUUUUCUGAGCUGUUUAAUCAGUCAUUGUCAUCUGUGUGUCCCCGAAUAAUAAUACUAACAAGAUGUUGAGCAUUUCUUGCACUGUUUUGUUUAGGAAUUCAACUUGCUCUUUCAGGACACGUGAAAACAACCCAGCAUUUAUCAAUCAGUGUAAUAACUCAUAGUCUAACCUCAAAAAUGUUGCCUUGUCUCCCGGACCUCGGUCCAGCUUGUCCCUGGACCACCCCCCCUUCCAAACCCCCCACCCCACCCCAGUCUCUCUGCUCCCGUUUCUACGGCCCUGUCCGUCUGACCGUCUGCCCUCCCGUUUGCCUGUCUGUCUGUCGCAGCCUUCUUUUAUAAAUAUAAACAUGUUGGGAAUAAAAAAACGCAACAUAAAAAAAAACUACUUAAAAAAAAAAAGACAAAAAAUUUAGUUAUAAAUAAUACUACUGCUAUGAUAACAACAACAGUGCUAUUAUCAGUUACGAUGACGUGUUCAGUAUUGUCAUCAGUAGUGAUGAUAUGAUCAGUAACACAGUUAAAUAAAUCACAGUAUCACAGGAUCUAGCAGGGAUUUUUACAAGAUUAUGCUGGAGGUGGGAGGGCGGCUGUGAUGUGUGUGUCUGUGUGGAGGCCGGGGGAGGGGACACACACAUAUGCAGAAGGGGUCGGGAUGGUGGAGGGGUGUACUGCAAUAUUGAGGUGUGCUGAUGUUGUACCUGCUUGUUGCAUUGUGCGCUGUACUGUAUCCGACAAACUAACCCCAGACUGUCAACUAAUAAAUAAACAUGGACUACGCAUAUCCUGAA